AUGCGUCGGAUCUCCGAUGGAGAUCCAUCGGGUUUCCCAUCCUGGCAGCAGAGGAAGACUCCUCCCAGAGAUCUCUAUCCGCAAUCAGAAGGUACUGUGCUGUUGAAUGUUAAAAGUCAUGGCUACCACGACCACCGCCACAACAUCCGCAUCUCCCGCAUCUACAGUGACUCCCUAGAGGACCGACAGGCAGUUGCGGACGAAAUUCGGACCGCCGCCACCACCAUCGGCUUUUUCUACAUCAAGAAUCACGGCAUACCUAUAGAGACUAUUGAUGCCUGUCUGGAGGCAAGCAGAGACUUCUUCCACCAGUCACUGGAAAUAAAGCAGCGUGUGAACCAGGCCAACUCGAAGUGGUUCAACGGCUGGAAUGCCCCCAAGUCCCACCGGGCCAACGCGACGGAGUCCUUAGAUCAGCGGGAAAGCUUUGGAUUUCGUUACGAUCCACGCUAUGACCCCGCUGUGUCCGACGUGGACUCGAUACCCCCGGAAAUAAGGGCUGGAUUCCGUGCAGAGGAAUACGGUUGGGAGCAGACAGCCAAUCUAGCGCACUUCAAGCAGGAUGUACUGGCAUAUUGGUGGUCAUGUCUGGGACUGGCACGGCGCUUGAUUCGUGUGUUCGCUCUCGCACUCGACCUGCCGGAAGACUACUUCGACAAGAUGACAUCUCACCCCGACGCCGCCGUAGCGCUGAAUUACUAUCCCAGCAUACCAGCAGGCGCUGUCCGUGAUUCCAACAAUGCAGAGAUGGUCAGCAUCGGAUCACAUACCGAUCUGCAGUUUUUCACGAUGUUGUGGCAAAAUAUGAACGGGGGGUUGCAGGUGUUGAACCGCGAAGGCCAAUGGCCGAAUGCACAACCUAUUGAGGGGACAAUCGUGGUUAACAUUGGAGACUACCUGAUGCGGAUCACGAAUGAUAAGUUUGUCUCGACGGUGCAUCGUGCGAAGAACUUCAGCUCCAAUGAGAGAGGCUUCAACUUCAAUGAAACGUGCGGUCUGCUCUCCAGCUGCUUGGAUGAGAAGCACCCAGCCAAGUACAAGCCUAUCUCGUGCGAUGAGUGGGUGCAAUUGCGGUUCAAGGUGACAAACCUGGAGGGUGGUAGUGGUAAAUAA